UCGCACGCAGUUGCAUGCUGCUAAGCGCGAAACAAAGAUGGCCGAUGAAGAGGCAGUAGAAACUUCUCCUGGAAUUCUGCAGGAAAUUUUCACAUCUCCGCUAAAUUUGAGUUUAUUAUGCCUUUGCUUAUUUCUGUUGUACAAAAUCUUUCGCGGAGACCAACCACCAGAUUUCGGCGAGAUCGAGGAACCUUUGCCGAAAUUAAAAAAACGAGAUUUCACAUUGUCAGAGUUAAAACAAUAUGAUGGAUUGGAAAACCCAAGAAUUCUCAUGGCUGUGAAUAUGAAAGUGUUUGAUGUAACGAGAGGAAAGAAGUUCUACGGACCAGAGGGGCCGUAUGGUGUGUUUGCUGGCCGGGAUGCAUCUCGAGGUUUGGCCACCUUUAACCUGGAGAAGGAGGCGCUGAAAGACGUCCACGACGACUUAUCCGACCUGAACAGCAUGCAGCAGGAGAGCCUAAGCGAAUGGGAGGGCCAAUUUACCCAGAAGUACGACUACGUGGGCAAGCUUCUGAAGCCAGGGGAGGAGCCGACCGAAUACACAGAUGACGAAGAGGUCAAGGAUAAGAAGAAGGAUUGAACAAUAACAGUUCCAUUCACUGCACGUGUAACAUCUAUUUCAUGACCAAACUAAAUGUGUGAGCCUAACUUGUUUUUUGUUAUUUUUUUUUUUGUUUUUGUUUUUUAAGUAUGGCUCAUCUUUGUUGUAGUCUGUAGGCCAAUGAUAAUCUCUCACUACACCCUUUUCUCCCAACGCAUUCACUCGCAAACUAUGCUGUGUGCUGAGUUUGGGGAGCCCGAUCAGAGACUUCCUUCCCAGAGCUGCUAAUGGCUAACGCUAGCAAGGCCAUGGCUCUGCGUUGGUGCAGAUCCGUUCAUGUUGCUGCUUCCCACUGGCUCAUCUCUAAAGAAAUCGCACCAUAUCACAGUAGCAUCAGUAACUGAUGCUAAUUAUGCAGAAACAGGCUUUAAUAAAAAAAUUUAAAAAAAAAUGAUACAUUUAGAAUGUCACUACUACACUAUGUCCCAAUAGAGAGAGAUCUACGAAGCAUUGGUUUCAGACUAGGGGACUGCUGCACACUCUUGACAAUCUUAACAUUUGAACAGUACCAAUCAAGCACAGAUAAUCCCAGGCAUGAGGGGGGCUUCUUGGAGCUGUCAAAGUUAGAACAAUGCAAGCCUCUGUAAUCUGCAUGUCUAACACAUUCGUUUACAUUUAACAGCGGAUACCAUAUAGUCCAAAUACAUGGAUUAGAUGUAGUCUCUAUCGACUGCAUGAUAUAUUGGAUAGCUUAAUCUCUCUUUCAUGCCUGUUAAAGCAUUACAUUGGAUUGCUCUAGGCUGUGGAAUAUUUACUUUUUGGACCGACUAUACACUGCCCCCCAAUCCCCCUGCAUAAUGAAAGGUGUCCUGAGACGAGAGCCCCAGCUGCCUUAAUAACCUCAUCCUCUCUCAUUUAUAGCCUUGUGCGUUCAUCUGUCUGUCUGUCUGUCUGUCAGUCAGUCAGUUAUAUCGCCAUUCCAAGCACUGGACCAAUUAUCUCUGCUUAUAAACACCUCUUGCCUUUUUAUCAAAGACUGUUUUGCAUUAUGGAUUACAUAUUCAUUGGGCACCUCUCGUGAUCAUUUUUUUCUUCAGUUAUUUGGAUGGGUAGGGAUCUGGCUUAUGUCUUUAACCAUAGUCAAACCUAUGUACGGACAUCAAUAUACUGUACGUGUACUACAAAUAAUAUUUUCAUGGGUAAAAUGUUUUAUCAAGUCAUAAUUGACUGAAUCUUAACAUUCCAUUGGAGAGUUGUGUGUGCGUGUGUGUGUGCGUGUGUGUGCGUGUGUGUGUGUGUGUGUGUGUGCAUGCGCGUGCAUGCGUGCGUGUGUGUGCGUGCUUACUGAUUUUUCUGGUGCCGAUUGAAUCUGCUUCCAUGCUGGAGGUGUACAACAUUAAACAAUUUAAAGUGAAGAA